AUGCUUGGAAACUGGUCUUUUGGGGAUUAUUUCAAGAAAGAAGCCAUUGAAUGGGCUUGGGAGCUUUUAACCGAGGUCUAUGGGCUACCGAGUGAUCGAAUUUACGCAACUUAUUUUGAGGGUGAUGUGAAAUCUGGCAUUCAACCUGAUAAUGAGGCUAGAGAUAUAUGGCUUAAGUUUCUUCCAUCUGGACGUGUGCUUCCCUUUGGUUGCAAAUUCAACAGAGAAACCAAAGAUGGACCUCUAAAGCCUCUGCCUUCUAAGCAUGUUGAUACCGGAAUGGGUUUCGAGAGAUUGACUUCUGUUCUACAGAAUAAAAUGAGCAACUAUGAUACAGAUGUCUUCUUGCCUAUUUUUGAUGACAUCCAAAAGGCGACUGGAGCUAGGCCAUACUCGGGAAAAGUUGGUCAAGAAGAUGUUGACAGAGUUGACACAGCAUAUAGAGUAGUAGCUGAUCAUAUUAGAACUUUAUCAAUUGCUAUCGCCGAUGGUUCUCGUCCUGGUAACGAGGGUCGUCAGCAUGUUCUGAAAAGUAUUCUUCGUCGAGCAGUUCGCUAUGGAAAAGAGAUUUUAAAAGCUGAGGAAGGGUUUUUCAACGGACUUGUAAGUUCUGUUAUUCGUGUUAUGGGAGAUGCCUUUCCUGAGUUGAAGGAGCAUGAAAAGAACAUCACAAAGAUUAUUAAAGAAGAGGAAGCAAGCUUUUGCAAAACCUUGGAAAAGAUGGCUUUUAAGUUGAGUGCUACAUAUGGUUUCCCACUAGACUUGACUCAGUUGAUGGCUGAAGAGAUAGGAUUGGUGGUUGACGUAGACGGUUUCAAGAAAGCCGAGAAAGAGGCGAGAGACGAAUCUAAGAAUGCCCACAAAAAUCAAACCGGCGUUUCCAUUGCUAUGGAUGUUGACACUACAUCAACACAGCUCAAAACUGGCGUUUCAGCAACAGAUGAUUCUUUCAAAUACACUUGGUUCCAGGAUCACGAGACUGAAGUAAAAGCGAUCUACAACGGCUCUGCUUUAGUGGAAAGUUUUGCCAGUGACGACAAAGUGGGUCUGGUGUUAGCAUCAACAAGUUUCUACCCAGAGCAAGGUGGUCAGAUUUUCGACACAGGACUCAUAGAAGGCUCGUUUGGUACAUUCAGAGUUUGCAAUGUGCAGACAGUGAAGGGCUUUGUUCUUCAUAGUGGCAACUUCUCUAGUAAAACUGGAAUAGUGUCGGUUGGAGAUAAAGUGACCUGCAAGGUUGACUACGAGAGACGUAAACUCAUUGCAAACAAUCAUACUUGUACUCAUAUGUUGACUUUUGCCCUGAAGAAAGUGCUUGGGGAUCAUAUCAAACAGAAGGGAUCAAAAGUUCUUCCUGAAAAGCUGCGAUUUGAUUUUUCACACGGCAGGCCGGUUGAUCCUGAGGAUUUGAGAAAGAUCGAUUCUAUAGUGAAUAAAAUGAUCGACGACGAACUUGAUGUGUUUUCCACGAAAGCAGCUCUUUCUGAAGCCAAACGCAUCAACGGUCUAAGAGAAGCAUUAGGAGAAGCCUCCUAUGAUCCUGUCAGAGUGGUGGCAAUUGGGAGACAAGUAGAGGACCUCUUGGCUGAUCCUGAAAGUGAUGAAUGGUCAUCACUUUCCACUGAGUUUUGUGGAGGAACACACAUAAGAAACACUCGCGACGCCAAAGCGUUUGCGAUAGUAUCAGAGGAAGGAGUGGCCAGAGGUAUUCGUAGGAUAACCGCUUUAACUGGUGAACCUGCUUUAGCUGCGAUCAAUCUGGCGUCAUUGCUUGAGAAAGAAGUAGAGGAAGCAUCCGAAGUGGAGGGAGCUGGAUUGGAAGAGAAAGUUACGUCUUUGAAAAGACGGGCUGUUACCGAAGUGAUCCCCGCAGGGGAAAAGGCAAAUAUCAUGGCCAAAAUUGCUCUGCUUGAGAGUAGAAUCAGGAAAGCUCAAAAGGAAAAAACAGAGCAAAACCUACGGAAAGCUGUCGAAGCAGCAACGGAGGCAGCCGAAUCAGCAGCAAAAUACGAGAAGACCUUUUGCAUUGUCCAGCUUGACGUGGGACUUGAUUCAGCAGCCUUGAGAGAAGCCGUUUCACAAAUCAUGGAAAAGAAGGAAAUGCCGGUAAUGAUGUUGAGCACAGAUGAAACCACGAACAAGGCGGUUUUCUGUGCAGGAGUUCCGGUUCGGUUCAAGGAACUAGAUGUGACAGAAUGGUGUACGGUUCUCUCGGGUCCUCUCAAAGGGAAAUGCGGGAAAGCGAAAGGUGGUCUCGCAUCAGGACCGGGAACGGAUGCUUCUCAAGUGAAGGAAGCUUUGCGGUUAGCUGGAUCAUUUGCGUCAUUGAAGCUUACUUCAUCACUUAUUUUGUGA